AAAACAUUUGAUGUUACUAAUGAGGGCAUUCUUAUAUCACUAGUUCCUGCAACGUGAUUCCUCCGGAGUCUCGGAGCUUUUCUCCGCAAUGCUGGCAUGCUGCGACACCCAAGAUGGGUAUUUCCGCCGUCGUAUGGUAUCUGAAUGGAAUGCAAAUGUGCCCAUCAAAAUGGAGAAAGUCUUCCUUCCUUACCGGGAUAACAUUGACCUCAACAUCAGAGGCCCACUGUCCAGACCAAGUAGGCUUGCACGGAUUCCAUUCAUGAAUAUCAGACCUAGUGACAUCAUCAUCCUAGUCUUAGGUGCAUCAGGUUCCGGAAAGAGCAAUAUAAUCAACAAACUCACUAGGGUAUCACCAGAGCAUGACAAACAUAGCCUUGCAGCCUCUAUGACAGAUUGUAGUGCCUAUACAUGUGUCCGCAAGGGCAAACGUUUCAUAUUCAUAGAUACCCCAGCAUUUGACAUGCACGGAUUUGAAAGAAUAUCAAAUCUGAUGAACUUCAUAUACCAGGGGUCUAUGAAGCUCACUGGCCUGAUCUACACACAUAACAUAAUGGUUGAGUGCUCAUGUGCUGGUGAGCAGUGCAAAUCACAGAUUCUAAAGUCUAUGUGUGGGGACAAGGCAAUUGAUCGGUUGCGGCUGGUGACAACCAUGUGGGAUGGGGUUCAGGACCCAGAAUAUGCAAUCAGAGUAGAAGAUGUUUUAAAGAGAAACUGUUGGAAGGCUCUUCUCCAAGAGGGUGCCACUUCUCAAUGGUUUGUCAAUACUCCACAGUCAGCAUGGGCAAUUGUGGAGAGCCUGGGAGAUACAAGGAAACCCCUGUUGCUUCAAGAGGAGAUGGUUAAGGGAAUCAAUUUGAGGGAAACAACUGCAUUCAAAGGAUUUUCUUUGCUCCAGAAGUAGCAUUGUCACCAUACUCAUGCAGUCCCUUGUAUAUAAAUACACUGGCCCUCUGGGCAAUCCAGGUUAUUAUCUAAUGAAAAAUCAAGUGGAGAAGCCUGGAUUCAUGUUGUCUGACACCCAUGUGUGGAGGAGGGUGUGAAGAAGUUCACACAUGGGCAUCCCUUCUUGACUGAUUGUCUAUGAGUUGAUGUCUCAUGCAAAUUUUUUCAUAUCAAUUCAGUCAUGUUUGAAAGUUAAAAAGUGCAGGAACCUUGUAUGACCCAGAGGCUGAUGUUUUGCUCAAUGCAAAGUGAAAG